CGCGGAGCUUUCAUUUGAAAUAGACGUAUGUAGACGUGGGCUCGGUUAAAAUCUCCUCAAUCUUAAAACCAGUUAAACUAUUCGAAAGCAAAUAUGGAUGAUAAGACCAUAGAUUCUAUAUUUGCGGGCUCCUUGGAGUCCCUGCCUCCGGUCAGCUCAAAAAUUGUGCGAAUUUUCACUAGUUCCACAUUUACGGACACCACCAUGGAAAGGAACUCGCUAAUGGCCAAGUGCUAUCCUCGCAUUAAGGAUUAUUGUCGGGAGAAGCACGGUUUGGAAUUUCAGGUCGUGGAUAUGCGUUGGGGUGUUCGUGACGAAGCCACCGAUGAUCACAUGACCACUGAACUGUGCAUGCGCGAAAUUAAGAACUGCCAGCGACUUUCAAUGGGUCCGAAUUUUGUUGUUUUUUUAGGCCAGAAGUACGGCUAUCGGCCAAUCCCGACCUAUAUCCUUUCGUCGGAACUGCAAUUGAUCUGUGAGGAGCUAACAUCGAUGGGUGUGGAUCGAGCCCUCCUGGAUUUGUGGUAUAAAAAGGAUAGCAACGCAGUGCCACCCAUUUCAGUUUUACAGCCCAUUUCGUCGAUUCUCAUCAACUUCAAUAAUAAGCGGGUUCCCAAACUGCAAGCCGAGGAUCAGGCCAUAUGGUGGGACACCUUGGGCAAGAUGCAAAAAUUACUCAGAAAGGCAGCUGCCUCGUUGGGUGCGAGUGGCAAAAUGGACAAAGAUGCAGUGCAUAAUUAUUUUAUGUCAGUUACCGAACGUGAAGUCAUCAACGGCGUCCUCAAUGUUAAGAACACGAAAAACCACUGCCUGGCCUAUGUCCGUUACAUCAACAACAUCAAUCUGCAGAACCUGAAGAAGGCCUCGCUGUUCGUUGACAUCAUCAACCGCAGCUUGGAUACAGAGUCGGCCAAGUUAUUGGGUGACUUGCGGGACAAUCGUUUGCCGGCGAAAAUCGAAUCGAGUAACAUGCAGAAGUACACUGUCGAGUGGAUAGGGCGCGAGGGCCUUGACAUUGAAACGCAUGAGGAGUACUUGAACCACUUCAUAUCGCACUUCUACAAGAACAUCGUCAAGUUGGUGGAUCGGGCGAUGCGCAAGGAGGACUCCAGCGCACAGGGACAGAUAGUCACUGAAAUCCUUCAGCAUUUGCACGCUUGCAACAAUUCGGUUAAGGUGUUUUAUGGACGCGAAGAGAGUCUAGAAAAAAUCAAGCGUUACAUGCUGGAGGAUUCAGAUAAACCACUUGUCCUUUAUGGCGAAGGAGGUUGUGGCAAGACCUCACUCUUGGCUAAGACGGCCGCAUUGGUUGCCGGCGAGUGGUUUGCAGACAAAAGGCCCGUCAAUAUAAUACGCUUCUUGGGCACCACACCGGACUCCAGCGCCCUGACCCCCACGCUCAUAUCGAUUUGUCAGCAGAUCUCCUACAACUACCUUCUGCCCUUCGAGAAUAUCCCCGACGAUUUGGUACCUUUAACAGCACACUUUAAGCAAUUACUAACUUAUGCAAGUCCGAAUCAGCCAUUGACCCUAUACUUGGAUUCUGUAGAUCAGCUGACCGGCACACAAGACUCCAACAAUGUGUCGUGGAUACCGACGCGACUGCCGCCCCAUUGCAAGAUCGUUAUAUCCUGUGCGAACGAAGAAAGCAACCCCGUUGUCUCGCGCGAAUACCAUGUGCUGCGAAAAAUGAUCGACGUGGAAGAGAACUUUAUCGAGGUCACCGCCUUGGGCGAGGAUCUGGCCAUGAAUGUCAUCAAGAUGUGGAUGAAGACAGCGUGCCGAGAUCUGAACAACUAUCAGUGGCGUCUGGUGGCUAAUGCCAUAAGCAAAUGCUCGCUCCCGAUCUUUGUGAAGUUGGUAUUCGCCGAAAUAUGCCGCUGGCGCUCCUACACUCGGCCCCAGGAGACACACUUGGCGAACAACGUCAUGGACUCGAUCAUGCUACUGUUCGAAAGGGUUGAGAAACAGCACGGGCGUAUCCUUGUCUUCCAUGCACUGGCAUACAUAACGGCUUCGAAAUCGGGUCUCUCCGAGAGCGAAUUGGAGGAUUUGAUAUCGCUUGACGACAAGGUACUCGAUGACGUCUAUCAGUACCAUUUGCCGCCCGUCCGACGCAUACCACCCCUAUUGUGGACCCGAAUACGCAACGACUUGCCCAAUUACCUGAGUGAGCGAGAAGCAGAUGGCGUCAAUGUCAUGAACUGGUAUCACAGGCAGUUCCGCGACACAGCCAAGGAGCGCUACUUCAAGAACAUGAACAUGGCUAUGUACUUCCAUUCGAUGAUUGCCGAUUACUAUCUGGGCAUUUGGGGUGGUGGUGUGCCCAAGCCUUUCAAGUUUACGGAGAUCCAAAGGCACCGGUUCGGUCUGACGGAGAAAGAGGGCGCUGCCGAUCGUAAGGUGCCCAUCCAGCCAUUGGUGUUCACCAGCAAGGAUGGCAGCGCUAAGAGAUACAAUUUGCGCAAGUUUGGCGAACUGCCCUUCCACUUCGUCCGAUCUCGACGUUUCAAGGAUUUGUUCGAACAUGUUCUUUUCAACUAUGAGUGGCUGCAUGCCAAAUUGUCUAGUUGCCCCCUACAAGCAGUAUUGGCCGACUUUGAAGAUGCCUCCUGCAACACCGAGGACAAAGAGGCGAAAAGGGAACUGAUGCUGGUGGCUGACGCCCUCCGAUUGGGUGGCGCCAUAUUGGCUGUCUACCCGAAUAUGUUAGCUCCGCAGCUGAUCGGGCGCCUGUUGCCGGAAAUUGGAGGUAAUGCAAACAUAAAAAUGUUGCUCCGAGCGUGCGACCAGUGUGGCCCAAAGGACUGUGCCUUGAUACCCGUGAACCAUUGCCUGCAUACGCCAGGCGGUCCUCUGAAGUACUCCUUGGAGGGACAUCAGUUUGCAGUUUUUGGCUUUACGCUGACAAGUGACAUGCGUUACAUGGUCUCCAUUUCCACUCACUUCAUAACCUUUGACCUCUCAACGUCAGAUCUAACGCGGGACGUCAAUCCGGGCAUUGAGGGUAUAAUGCAACAGCUCGUUCUGAGUCCCGACAACAAAUGGGCCGCAGCUUAUUCCAACAACAAUCAGACUGUAUUGCUCAACAUGCUCUCCAGUGAGUUUGUGGUCAUAGACACGCCCUUCGAUGAGAACGACGGACCCAUAAGUAGUCUGUAUCUGAUUAACCAGAGUUUGUUCAUAACAUGCAAGCUUAAAUGGGCCCAGUUCGAUAUGCGCGGCAAUCUAGUGGACAUCUUUGCAGUUCCCGGCAGUUGCGUGGGAUGGGAAAUUCUGAACAUGGAAUUCACAACGCCCAAUGAUUACAAUGUAACGUUUUGGUCGGGAUCGAUUAACGAGACCCGCAUACGGUUUGGGUCGUGUCGCCGAGGGGAUCUGUACACCGAACCGUUACAAUUCUACAGUGCCUUGGCCCUUAACAAGGCCAGAGAUCGGCUCUAUGGCUGUGCCAAUGAGGACAACUAUGAAGUUAGUGUCUAUCGCUUUGUGGAUGGUUCGGAGGAAAAUUCAUCCAUAGACUGGAGAUUGGAAGAGUCGUUGCCACGUUACGAAAACGACGAAAAGGAAAUGCUACUACAAUUGCGUCUAGACCAGAAGGAUCGCAUGCUCUUGGGCACCGCCGGCAAGGGGUUUGUCCUUUGGGACUUUGGUGAUCGGGAAGGCAACCGACUCAGCGAUCGUGCCAUGUACUUGGCAUUGCCUCACGGAGUUCGCAAUAUCACGACCAAAAUAAUGCAAUCCAACUCCAUAAUGGUCAGUUCGAAGAUGGACUACGCCGUCGCUGGGGUGCGAAAGAAUCUUUACGUCUGGUGUUUGCAAAGCCUGCAGCUGGCAAAGGUGCUGGAUGCUCAUUUCGGUCGCAUAAUUCAGUUGGAGGCCCUGACGAUCGGCAAUUGGAAUAACGUUGUUACAUCGUCAAUCGACCGUUCGGUUAAGGUUUGGAACAUAAACAACAUUUUCGAAAAGGUGCACGUCAUCGAUCGGCAUGAGCUUCAAAUCGAUGAUAUAAGCCUUUCAGAGGUCGACUUGGCCGUGACAGUAACGAGAAGUUGUGUUGGUGUGUGGGAGACUCGCACCGGCAGGCUCAUAACCAAAUUGGCGGACAGCCCCUUGGGUGCCAUUGUGACCCAUGCAGAAAUCACCCCCGACGGUCGCUACAUCGUCUCGUCGGAAACGGGUAAGUUUCUCAUAUGGAACCGGGUCUCCGAACAGGUCAUAUACAGAGACGACCAGCCCGGCAUUCAGCAAAUCACUUUCAUGGACUAUGGCUAUAAGGUCAUGACGGUGUCGUGCCCGAAUUUAAAUCAGAAGGAAUCAAAAGAAGGAGAGGAAAGCGGCCGGUUAAUGGCCACAACCACUGUAAGAUCAGUACCUGACGGCUCUAUUCUGUUCCGUUUCGAAUACCCCAUACGAAUGGUGCCCGGUUUAUCGUUCCGUCAGUCGGUGAUCUCGGCCGACGGGGCGCACAUAAUUGCUUGUUCGGUGGAUAAAUCGAACAAGGAUUGUCUGGCUGUGUAUAGUGCCUCAAACGGCACAUUCGUUACAAAGGUCCUGCUCAAAGGUUGUAACAUCAAGGAAGUCAUCUCCCUCGUCCCCAUGCCCCACAAGGCCUCCCAAAUAGCGGUGAUAAGCAGUGAAAAGGGCAACAUCAUUGACAUAAAAACCAAGAAGAACAUACGCUCCAUACCGAAAUGGGGUGGCAGCAUCACAAAGGACGGCAAGUGUGGCCUCUAUGCGCCGACUCGUGGUGGCCUCGAAAUGCUAGAACUACGUAAGGGCACUACGGUCAAGACCUUCAUACCCAAAGUUGCCGAGGGUGUAUUUUCGGUGAUAUGCAUCUUUACGGAAAACGACGAAUACGUGUGCUAUUACCACAGUGGACGCAAAACCAUCCGCGUAUUCCGCACUUCGGAUACCGAAAUGAUCGCCAACUAUCGAAUGCAGGCCGAGUUGACGGCAAUAAAAAGCAGCAAAGAUGGCCGUUGUCUCGUUCUGGGCACAGUGGAUGGAUGUCUGUCAACGCUGGCCAUCGUGGACCCCAACAAGGAAGGCAUGGUCGAAUGGUUGAAUGCCUUGCCGUCACGAGAUGAGAAUUGGAAAGCUAAACUAGCAAAAAUGAAGGCCAAGGUUGGCUUCAAAGCUGCUAUUCGAGUUGCAACCAUUUCGUCCCGGUUUGACAACCAAAAAUCGAAGCCCAAGGAGUUGAAGGAUGAUACAGAGGAGGCAGAAAAUGCCGAGUCGGGCGAAGAAUCUUAAGCUGAAUUAGUUUAGACUGUUGUUGUUGCUGUUGCUGUUAAUGUUACACUGUUACACAAUAUACAAUGCGUUGUAUUUGUUGCUUUAUUUUCGCUUUGACAAAAUAAAAAUAGAUAUAUUUAAAUAACUAA